AUGGCGGCGCAGCAGCCGGUGCAGAAGAACACGCUCUACGUCGGAGGAUUGGCAGAGGAAGUCAACGAGUCCAUACUCCACGCCGCGUUCAUCCCCUUCGGUGACAUUAAAGAUGUCAAGACUCCGUUAGAUCAGGCCACUCAGAAGCAUCGCUCCUUCGGGUUCGUUACUUUCCUCGAGAAGGAAGACGCCUCCGCGGCCAUGGACAACAUGGACGGAGCCGAGCUCUACGGAAGAGUACUCACCGUCAAUUACGCUCUCCCGGAGAAAAUUAAGGGCGGUGAACAAGGAUGGGCUGCUCAACCUAGUAUGUUUACUGCCUUCUUCUUUCUCACAUUGUUACAUAUGCAACAAGAAGAGGAAAUGCAGCGAAUGCAAGAAGAGAACCGUGCUGCAUUGCAGGCUGCAGAGGACUUGCAUAGAAAGAAGAAGGCAGAUGAGCGAGAAGGAGAGAAGGAAGAAGAAACUGAGGCCAGAGAUGACCCGAUGGCGAGGGCUGAAGCACAAGUCUUGAAUCAGAACGGUUCCUAG